AUGGCUCGUACUAAGCAAACAGCUCGUAAAUCAACCGGUGGUAAGGCACCACGUAAACAGCUAGCAACGAAGGCGGCCCGUAAGAGCGCACCGGCAACCGGAGGAGUCAAGAAGCCUCAUCGUUACAGACCCGGUACUGUGGCACUUCGUGAGAUCCGUCGCUACCAGAAGAGCACGGAACUUCUCAUCCGCAAGCUACCUUUCCAACGUCUAGUGCGUGAGAUAGCUCAAGAUUUCAAGACCGAUCUUCGUUUCCAGAGCUCCGCGGUGAUGGCCCUGCAGGAGGCCAGCGAGGCGUAUCUCGUAGGUCUCUUCGAAGACACGAAUCUUUGCGCUAUUCACGCUAAACGCGUCACUAUUAUGCCUAAAGAUAUCCAGCUAGCAAGAAGGAUUCGCGGUGAACGUGCCUAA